AUCAGUGUCAUCAUCUUCAUGCAAGUCCCCAUCCCAACAAAAUGUGAGAUACGAGCCCAAGGAAGAAGAGGCACAGCUUUUGUUCGAUACAAUUCCACUCUGUGGGCUAAUUGAGCACAGCAGCACUUCCCCAUCAUGGGCGGAGUAUCGAUGCUCGAAGAGACCGCCCUCCAGGGAUGCCGAGCCGUAGCCGUAGACUCGUCAUCCUCCUCUCCGUGGCAACAGCAUCUUUCGAUUUCUACGUACCCCAUCUACUCCUUGCUUGCUUCUUGUCGAUCGAGAACAAGAAACAAGCAUACAUCAAACGUGCCCAAAAUAUCUGGGGUGCUGUUUCAUGCGGCAUAAAUAGCCAUCGUUGUGAUGGCGAGAUCCUCACAGCAAUGGGGGCUUGCAAGGAGUGGAGGCCGGUGGCGACGAUGCUGGCCGUGGACGUCGUGUUCGCGGUGACGAACACCAUGAUCAAGAAGGCGAUCGACGAGGGGUUGAACAGGCUGGUGUUCAUCACCCUCCGGCAGCUGGUCGCGACUCUGUUCAUGGCUCCCGUCGCCUACUUCCACGAGAGGACGACGAGGCCGAAGCUGACGACGGAGAUCUGCGUGUAUCUCUUCUUCAGCGCCAUGCUCGGGGCGGCUCUGACGCAGUACCUCUUCUACCUUGGAAUGCAGUACACCUCAGCGACGUUUGCUUGCGCUUUCCUCAACAUAGCGCCCGUAUUCACCUUCCUCAUAUCCUUAGCCAUGAGGAUCGAGUCUCUGAACCUGAAGACGAAGGCGGGGAUCGCAAAGGCGAUGGGGACGUCGCUGUGCGUCGUUGGCGUGGUUGUGCUCACCUUUUACAGGGGCGUCGGCUUCAACGACCACGUAUCGCAUCGAUCGCCGGCUGAUGGCAUGAGCUACACCUCGAGGAAGCGGGUGAUGGGGUCGGUGGCGCUGCUCGCCGGCUGUUGUUGCUGGUCGGCGUGGUUCCCCCUCCAAUCCAGAGUGAGCAAGAAGUACCCCGCCCUGUACUCCUGCACCGCUCUCAUCUUCUUCCUCGCUUUCCUCCAGGCGGCGGCCCUGAGCUUGGCCACGCAGAGGGGCCUCUCCAUGUGGCUCCUGCGUAAGAAGCUGGAGAUCGCCACCGUGCUCUUCUCCGGUGGUGUGGGAUCGGGGUUGGGCUUCUUGGCCAUGUCAUGGUGUGUGGCGCAAAGAGGACCGGUGUUCACCGCAGCAUUCACGCCGCUGGUGCAGGUCAUUGUGGCCGGCAUCGACUUCUCCGUCCUCCACGAACCGAUCUACCUGGGAAGUGUUUUGGGGUCAGUGCUGGUGGUUGCUGGCCUCUACUCGCUCCUGUGGGGCAAGAACAACGAAUCCCAUGGCCAAGCAGAGAAGCCUGCAGAAGGGAAUGGAGAGAACCAGGUGCAAGUACAAAGAGUGUGAAGGAGCAACCUGAAGCAUUUGUGGUUCUUGUUGGCUUUCAUGCUCAGAAAUGGAGAGAGAGAGAGAGAGAGAGAGAGAGAGAGAGGACAAAUUCCUGUGACUGCAUGAUGUAUGGUAUGAGUUCUGAGCAUGGAGAGAAACAAGACGUAGAUGAUGUUGUUCGAGAAGGAAAAUUCUACACUAAUUCACCAUUACAAAAUGCAGAACUCAUUCAUCCCAUUGGAGAGAGAAUAUGGCAAGUUGGUGAGUGUUUAGAUUCGUGGAAAGGAGAAUAUUACCUCAAGCAUUUACAUAAAUCAGUUAAGUCGAAUAAUGUGGAUUUGAUUCAUCCUCAUAGGUUGAAGAUAUGAAGAUCCCAACUUGAAAUCAACUGAUAUUUAUAAUACUUUUAGAAAUACUUUUUUUUUUCCUUUCAAAUAUGUAAAUUAUUGUUAAAAAUAUCUUCUUUUUUUCUUUUCAAAAUGUGAUAGACCGAAAGAGCGGUUGAUAACAAUGACAUGAUUUAACAUAAUGAUGGAAAUAAAAAAAAUGGCUACCAACAA